GGUCCUCGGCGUGGUUCCACCUCGGGGACUGCCAGGCGGUGCUGGAGAGCAGGCUCAUGCUGGUGAACCCGAUGCACUUCGCGGAGGUUGUGAAGCGCAACCCCUCGGCGUGGCUGCUGGUGACUACCUACUGCCGGAAGUUCCUCGAGUGGCUGAAUUCAAUGGACGUGGACGAUUUGUCCGACAUCUCGCAGGGCGAGGACCUCGGAGAGCUGCUGAAGAGCUUCAUGGAGCUCUGCGUCGAAAGCGUCGAAAGCGAGGUUAACGAUCUCGUGGCCAUGGAGAGGCCAGAGGACGACUUCCAGAUCACGAAGUCGGUGGACAGCCUCACGGCGACGGCGAGGCAGGCGGAGACCGCAUGAGGAGCCUUUUUUUGGCUCCACGCGGCAAGAUUUCGCGCGUCGCGCGAUCCCUCCCCGGCUGACGCCGCCAGGGGCUGUGCCAGGGCUGGUGGGAUUGUGACGAUGCGUGCCCGGGCUCGAGCCAGCCGGGCGCGCGAUCGGAUGAGAGCACCCGGGCGAAGACCGCGCGCUGACCCAGCGCGCCUGGGGGCCGGAUGCCUCGCCUCUCCUUUGGCAGGGCCUCCAGGGGGCCUGCUGCGG